AUGGCGUCAGUGGAGGCUAGAUUGAACAAACUUCGUGAAGAACGCAUAGCUCGAGAAAAGGCAAGGAUUGAAAAGUUACGUGAGCUCAAUUUGAAGAAAUACAAUGGUGGGGUCCAACCGACCAGCUCCUCAUCAUCUUCAUCGGUCGCAAGCACUAAACUAACAAAUGGCCCCAUCAAAACCGUCACAGCCAAAAAUGAUGCUAAUGUAAAUGUGUCUAUUAGAAAGCCAGCUGCAAAUAAACCAGUAAAUUACGUGAAAGCAAACAAAAACGUAAUAAGUCAUACAAGAAAAAGUACCGCCCCUGUUCAAAUCAAAAGUAAAUUAGACAGUAAUAAUGAUGCAAAAGUUAAUAUGACAGAUGACAACAAAAAUAAUAUAAGAAAGAAAAAUCCUCUCCAAGAAAUCAUACUUAACAAAGAUGGUAAAAUACCUAAGAUUACGGUACAGAAAAUUGGUGAUGGAAAACAGCAAAAAAGUGCCAAAAAUGAUGCCAAAAAAAUUAAUAAAAAUGAACCAAUUACUAAUAAGAGAGAAUCUGUGUUUGAUAGAUUGUAUAAACCGAAAAUAAUACAAAAGCAAACGGUGAAUAAUGUUUUGAAACUACACACUGACCCGAGCUACUUGAAUAAGGUCAUCAAAGAUUCUACAAUGAUUACCAAUAGACGCCAUACGACCUUUGAGAAACAAGUUCCAGUUAGACGUUCAAUAUCAGCGGUACACUUUAAAAGGAUUCGUAAGAGCGAACUACCUAAAUGCAUCCACAAAUGGGCAUCCAUCGGUGAAAAGAUUGACACAUCUCAUCUAGAAGACAUAAAUGAGGACAGUGAUUGUGAUACAAAAGAAAAAGUAGUCUCCGCUGUAAAGAGUGAGAGGAAAAAAGUCAAGUUUCAAACACCAAACACCUUCAACACUCCAAUACUUGAAGAAUUACAAGCUAUACUAGUCUCGUGGCUACAAAAACAUGGCAAGUCUAUAGAGUCAUGUCGCAUCUUGCAAUUAUUUGGCUUACAUAACUUGCCGAAACCGGAUAUAAAUUUAGAUGAAAGCAAACUUGAUACUUACGAUGAUGAUGAUAAAGAAAAUAUUGCCUUGGACCACGAUAGUGAUAACGAAUCCUUCCACAAUAAUAUGAAUAAUCGGAAUUGUGAUGUCAAUAAUGAUGAUAAGGUUGAAUUUCCCGUGGACAAGUGGCGCAGGGCUAGUUAUUUCAGUGACAGCUUCGAAAUGAAUGAUAGUAGGGAGAGUACGUUGACCUCGUGCGGGACUAUUCAUCAUCAGGAAGAACUGCUACUUGGAGUGCUGACUGAUCUUACAGAACUCUUGCGAGAGGGCUUCGAAUGGGAGCAAUCCGCGCGUUGGUUACGCGCUAUACGUGAACGAUAUCCCAGUGCAUCCGAUACAGCGGAAUACUGGGAAUGCAGGGCUGCGUUAGAGGAGCGGCGUGGAGAUCUACAAGCGUCAUUACACUGCUGGGAAAAGGCAGUAGCUAGCGGGACCAAGAAGUCAGUAGCCGAGGCCAAUUUGGACAAUUUGCUUGACAAGUUCAUGCAGCUCAAAAUAAGUCCUACGAGUGGUAAAACACAGAUGAACCCAAAACUGGUUGAUGUGAAAAGUGUAUUUAAAAGCACCAUCAUACGUUUCGGAGUGCAACAGGCUAAGUUACGUCAGUCAACAGACCCGAUCAAGUACACAGUUACCCCAGUCCGAAGGAGUGCAAGACUAAGUGUGUGUAGACACACCCCGUUGAAAUUAUGUUCAACGAUAAAAGAGGCUUCGGAGAUUGGACCAAUUGAAUUUGUUCCUAAUAAGGCACUCGUAAAGACCCCAUAG